AUGGCUUGGUCUCUCGUUUUUCUCAAUCUUUUGGGAUUAACAUCCGCAAUUUUGGUGCCAAAUCUUCCCGGUCAACCGCCAGUCACUUUCAAGCAAUACUCCGGGUAUUACAGUGUUGGCGAGAGUGGAAAUCAUCAGAUGCACUAUUGGUUUACUGAAUCGAAAAACAAUCCCUCAACUGACCCUGUGAUUCUCUGGUUAACGGGAGGACCUGGCUGCUCGGGAAUCUCGGCUCUUUUUGAAGAACUCGGCCCAUUUCAGAUCAAUUCUGAUGGAGCCACGUUAAAUUUGAAUCCGUACAGUUGGAAUAAUAACGCAUCCUUGUUGAUUUUUGAGUCCCCAGUCGGGGUCGGCUACUCGUACUCGAAAGAUCAAAAUCUGUUCACUGGAGAUAAUCGGACAGCCUCAGAGAAUUGGGAUGCUUUGAAAGCUUUCUUCACCGAGUUCUCCCAAUAUCAAAAGAACGAUUUCUAUAUCACGGGAGAGUCGUACGCUGGCAUGUACAUUCCGACGCUUGUUCAAGACAUUUUGGAUCGAAAACAACAGUAUAGCUUUAAUUUAAAGGGAUUCGCAAUCGGAAACGGUGUGCUCGACAAGGGCCUUGACACCGACACAAUCAUCCAAUUUGAGCACAAACACGGCAUGAUCGAUCAACUACAUUGGCAACGCGCGCAAAAGGAAUGCUGCACAAAUGGGAACACUGAUGACUGUCUAUUUCAUAAACAUGUUCUUGGUUGGUGCGGACUGUUCAUGGAAGAAGCGGUGGGUAGACAAUGGGAAAGCGGAAUAAACCCGUACAAUAUGUACGCGGAUUGUCAACACUCGGGCACAAAACGCUUCAAGGUCGACUAUCGGAGGCGUUUCGGGAAAGAGCCCAAUGUUUUGGACGCAGGCACACCGUGUCUCGACGAUUCGGUGACAGAGAAGUACAUGAAUAGAAGAGAUGUGAGGACGGCGCUGGGCAUUCCCGGACUAUUGCCAAAUUGGAGUACUUGCAGUGAUGUGAUCAGUGUUGUCUAUGAAGAGCAAUAUUCCACUGUGGCUCCGCAAAUCAAAAAUGCUCUCACUGCUGGCUUGAAGGUCAUGCUUUAUCAUGGAGAUAUCGAUAUGGUGUGCAAUUUCUUCCAAGGACAAAGGUUCACCACGAAUCUCAAUCUAACACAAGUAUCAGCAAAACGAUCAUAUCAUGUGAAUGGUCAAGUGGGCGGAUUUGUCACCGAUUGGGGACAACUCAAGUUCUUGACAGUUAAGGGCGCUGGUCACAUGGUUCCCACCGACAAGCCGGCUGUUGCCUCCUAUAUCCUCAAUGCUUUCAUCAACGAUAAGAAAUUU